CGUCAGGCCUGGGGCCGGCCCAGUCCGGCGAGCUUUGCCGCUUUUAGGGCGCGUUACGCGCGGUACCGUGAAUUAACGAGGAUUUCCCGCUCUCCCCCAGGCGCUGAGGCAGAGAAAGCAGAUGUGCAGCGGGCGCGCUCGGUGACUUUGUCCUCCGGCGGACGUUUAGCGGCAUAUGCCGCGUAGCGGAAUGUCCUCGAAGAAGCAAACGAAGAGGCGUCCCUCGGGAAAUAAAUUAAAGGAACACAAAGCCAACUCCCGUCCUCAUUGGAAAUUGCUUCCACCUGAGGAACCAGACGUCUCAAGGAUAUUGAAGGUAGCAGAAGCAAAUCAACUUGAGGAGCUUGACGAUUCAUUCGAUCACCCUUUGCACAGUACUGCUGUGGAUGCUUACGGAGAGGAACAUUCACCAAAUGAGUCGCUUGAUCACGUUUCAUCUCCACAAAGGAAAAGUACAGAAAAAAGUAAAAAAACACAUCGUUGGAAGACGUCUGAUGGUGAUGUUCAGAAAUUCAGCACAGCUGGUGCUGAAGAUGAACCCUUUAAGGUGAACACGAAGUCUCUGACUACUACUCAGUUCCAGGCGAAGAGGAAGCGGCCUUCAGAGAAGAACACAUCAGAUUCUUGUGCGGAAAGCUCAUGUUCUGUACAGGUUUGGUGUACCAAAGAGCUGAAGAGAUCUCCCAGAGAUAUUACAGAACUGGAUGUUGUUCUGGCUGAAUUUGAGAAGAUAGCAGCAAAUUACAGACAAAGCAUAGAAUCAAACCUUUGCAGAAAAGCUGUGGAUGGCUUCUGUUCUGCUUUCAAGGACCAAAUCACCGAUCUUAUAGCAGAAGUCCAGGAAUUGCAGAAUAUGAAGAAAAAAAAUGCUAAGGUUAUAACAGACAUCAAAAAGAAAAGGCAGCGACUGUUGCAACUCAGAGAAGAGCUAAUUGGAGCUGAACCACAACUGAUACAACUACAAAGAGAAUAUGCUGAGAUGCAGGAAAGGAAAUCUUCCCUGAGGCAGGCAACUCAAUUACUUACUGGUUUAAAGGAGCUACAGCAAGACUGUUUGGAUUAUAGAGAAGAAAACCCCCCCAAAAAAGUGGUAUAUGAAACUUCCAGCCUGCCUGCUCUUCUGGUGGAGUCGCGGAGAAUUCUAGGAGCAGAAAGACACUUUCAGAAUAUUAAUAUGAAACUGGAAGAGGCUCUGGCUGUACAAAGACAGAAGUUAUCAAAGAAACUUCAAGUGGGUUUUAAUACACUUUUUGACAUUCCUUAGGAACAAUUAUUAGAAUGGUCAGUGCUUAGAGCUUGUUUAAUCAUUGUUGCUGUAUUUUGCUUCAACGUUUAGAAGAAGUCAGUGACUUAAUUGGAGAUUGGAUCUUUCUAUUGUCAAAUAGUCUGUGUGAAAACUUACUCAGAAUGUCAGCGCAAUUAAUGAAAUAGCACUUCCAGUUAAAGUAGUAAAACUUCUGUGCUCUGUUAACAAUGUUGGUUUUUCACCUUGGGCUAUUAAAGUAAAGUGAUCUUGAAAGCAAUACAUACAUACUUUUAAAAGAGAACACAGAGGCAGUGGUUGAACUGUUGAUAGACAAAUCUUUUUAUUAAAUUUGUAUUUGAAAUAAAUAAUUUCCUCCCUUUUCUUGAAGUCGAAGAAAUCUAUUUUACUUGGCUUUGUCAAUAAAACUUGGACAGACAGUUAACAAAAUAGAAACCUCACAGCAGUGAGUGUUAAAGUGCUAAGCUUGCAGCAGCAUUUGUGACGAAUUUUUAGUCCAGCCCUCUUCAGACCCCGUGUUAUCUUCUGUGAUCUCCCUGGGCUCGUUGAAGAUCAUCCAGUUGUGGGGAUACUUGUUUGUUACUCAGUUCUUUGUCUUACAGCUCUAGAAGAGCAUUUUUGAACCACAUCAUCGCAGUAUCUUUCACAGAAGGCACGCAUUACGCACAUUGUGUUAAAGCAGGUUGCAUUGCUA